UCACAUGCUAAAGAUGUUUAAAAAAUAUUUUAAUUUAUUUCCUUCCAUGGCGAGCUCAUUGGUCUUUAUAGUUUUAGGUCUAUUCAUGGCCAUGGGAAGUUUAACUUUUGCCCCUCAAGCAGAGGCAGCUCGAGCUUUCUUUGUUUUUGGUGAUUCGCUUGUUGAUAAUGGCAACAACAACUAUCUGGCAACCGAUGCUCGGGCUGACUCGCCACCUUAUGGCAUUGACUACCCAACUCAUCGUCCCACUGGGCGUUUCUCUAAUGGCCUCAACAUUCCUGAUUUUAUCAGUAGGCAGCUCGGCUCAGAAUCGACAUUGCCAUACUUGAGCCCGGAGCUCAAUGGAGAAAAACUACUUGUUGGUGCCAACUUUGCUUCUGCUGGAAUUGGAAUUCUCAAUGACACCGGUUUUCAAUUUGUAAAUAUAAUCAGAAUGUUCCAGCAAUUUCAGUACUUCCAAGAAUACCAAAACCGACUUGCAGCUCGUAUUGGAGCUCAACAGGCUCAACGGCUAGUUAAUAAUGCACUCGUCCUCAUCACCGUUGGUGGCAACGAUUUUGUAAACAACUACUUCUUGGUUCCUUAUUCCGCAAGAUCUCGCCAGUAUUCUCUUCCAGAUUAUGUCAAGUUUGUCAUCUCUGAGUACAAAAAACUUUUAGCGAGGCUGUAUGAACUUGGAGCACGUAGGGUUUUGGUGACAGGGACGGGGCCAUUGGGCUGUGUUCCGGCGGAACUAGCCAUGAGAAGCAGAAAUGGGGAGUGCGCUGCUGAUUUGCAACGAGCUGCCGCCUUGUUUAAUCCCCAACUUAGUCAAAUGGUUCGGGGGCUCAAUAGUGAAAUUGGUUCAGAUGUCUUCGUUGCUGUUAACACAGAACUUAUGCAAAAUGACUUCAUUACUAAUCCUCAAGCAUAUGGAUUUACCACUUCGAAGAUAGCAUGUUGUGGGCAAGGACCUUACAACGGUCUGGGACUGUGCACGCCGGCAUCAAAUUUGUGCCCGAACCGGGAUAUAUACGCAUUCUGGGAUCCCUUCCAUCCAUCAGAAAAGGCAAACGGGAUUAUAGUUCGACAGUUCAUGGCUAGUGGCUCUACAGAAUACAUGUAUCCCAUGAAUCUCAGCACCAUAAUGGAAUUGGAUUCCAGGAUUUGAUGAUCACUUAGGGAACCACAUAUUUACCUUGAUAAGUCAAUGUCUUUCAUUUGUGCUGAAAUGUACCGAAAUUAGGAGUGUUGUCUUAAAAAAUAAUUCUAUGUAUUAUGUAGAGGCAAUCGGGAAUUAAAUCUCUCUUUCUGUCCUCUCGUAAACUUCUGGCCAAUGACAAUCUAUGAUUAGUUCAUUAGCUCAUAAUUCCCAAGAGGAAAAAACUUUCUUUAAUUUUAAAAUAUUAUUAAAAGAGAUUCGAAUAUUUUCUUUAA